AGCUUCAUCUUCAUAAACAAAUUAUGGAAGUUCCUCCAGCAUACGUUGACCUGGGCAAGUCUGCCAAGGAUAUCUUUACCAAAGGAUAUGGCUUUGGUCUUAUCAAGUUGGAUUUGAAAACAAAGUCAGAAAAUGGACUUGAAUUCAAAAGCACAGGUUCUGCCAACACAGAGACCAGCAAAAUAAUGGGUGCUUUGGAGACAAGGUACAAAUGGGCUGAAAAUGGGCUGACCUUAACAGAGAAGUGGAACACUGACAACACUCUAGGAACAGAGAUCAUCCUGGAGGACCAGCUAGCCAAGGGGCUGAAGCUGACCUUUGAUGCCUCCUUUUCUCCAAAUACAGGCAAGAAGAGUGGCAAGAUCAAGACUAACUACAAGCGAGAGCACAUAAAUCUUGAAUGUGAUGUAGACUACGAUAUUAAUGGCACUGCUGUGCAUGGUGCAGUGGUGGUGGGCUAUGACGGCUGGCUUGCUGGCUACCAGAUUACUUUUGAGGCCAGGAAGAACAGAGUCACUCAGAGCAACUUUGCCAUUGGCUACAAGACCAAAGAAUUUCAACUUCACACAAAUGUCAAUGAUGGAACUGAAUUUGGUGGAUCGAUCUACCAGAAGGUGAAUGACAAGCUUGAGACAGCAGUCAAUCUUGCGUGGACUGCUGGAAACAGUAAUACCCAUUUUGGAAUUGCGGCGAAGUAUCAGACUGAUGAAAAUGCUUCAUUCUCGGCCAAAGUGAACAACUCGAGUCUUAUUGGCAUGGGAUACACUCAGACCCUGAAGCCAGGAGUUAAGCUGACCCUCUCUACCCUUCUUGAUGGGAAGAACAUAAAUACAGGCAGACACAAGCUUGGCCUAGGGCUGGAGUUUGAAGCAUAGGAAAGAAUAAAUGGAAAGGAAAAUAAAUAAUAGAAUACCCAUACCGUGUGCUUUAAUGUAGGUCUGUCAGUUGUUAUUGUUAUAUGUUCAUUACACUACAGUAUAACAUUUAAGGGAUGUCUGAAGAUCACUGUGCGUGGGCUUACAAACCAUGAGUAGAUGUUUGUAAAUAAUUUUAAUGUCUCUUUUUACUGGACACUUCCAAACAAUUACAAACAUGUUUUCAGUGCUGAUCAUGAUUUUUUUAAUAUUCUGAGAUGGUGUGUGGAAAGAAUAUUUCUCCAAAAGCUCCAAGAGAUUACUCUUUACCAUUACUACUCAUUCAAAGUGUGAUUAUAAAAGGGAAAAUGAAAGUGUUUAAAGCAGAUCUGUAAUUGAAAGUAUCAAUGCUCUGGGUUUGUGUGCUGUGCCUGCUAACAAGUUGUCUAUGUGAUCGAACUCCUCCUCUGAGUAACAACAUGAAACGCUAGCUGUAUGCUAUUUCCAGCCAACGUUCCAUUGGAAAGGAGAGAAAAUGUGAUAGAAACUACAGAUGUUUAUCAGUUGAAACAGAUAUUGUUAAAUAUAUUUUUAUUUAUUUUUAAAGUUUAAAUGUUAAUCAAUACACCAUUAUUAAAAAGCGAAAACACUAGGAUUCACUGAGCAGAUGUGAUUUUGUGUGUGUGCCAUAAAUUUGUCUGUGAAACGGACCUUGUCUUUAAAAUAAUAAUUAUACUGUCUACAUAAUCUCAUGAAAACGAGCAAAAAUCCAAAAAUAAUAACAUGCAAUGAGUGACAUUAUGAGCUCAAGCAUGCAGUGGCAUUGUAUAAUUUUACACAGUAAGGUUUUUUUAUGUAGUGUAUUUCUUUUUACCAGAAUACUGGUUAUAAAAUUGUGGCACUCUUAAAA